UUAGGCAGUAGGCUAGUUUAGCAGUACUGAAUGUAGAGAACUAGGUUUUACUAUUAUAUUUAUUCUGUAGGACUACUUCUAGAUCUAGAUCUAGAUCUAGGAGAUCAUCUUGUCUAGAAUCACAUCGUUAUAAUUUGGGUACAAGGGUGCAUUAGAUAGAUCUAGAUUCUAAAUCAGAAAAGUCAAGAUUGGAAUAAACCAUGAGUCAAAAUGUGCAGUUGAUUACUUUUGGCAAGCGUGAAUCUUCUCUGGAGCGUUCUCAUCAUGGCCAGGACGAGACGUGGAGUCAGUCUCCGCUCUACAGGAACCAGGCUGCAGAUUCUACAGAACGUGAGCGCUUCCUUCCCCCUGUCAAACUGGACCCUGGCUGGGACAGCAUGAUGGAAUCAACUAUAAGUAAAAAAAGCUCCACAGCUCAGUUGAUAGAUGAGCUUGAGAAAGAUGUUCCUGAUGACAGGUAUCACAUUGUAUAUCUCAUUAUGAUUCUACAAGGCAUUGCUGUACUCUUGCCAUGGAAUACAUUCAUUAAUGCUAAGGACUAUUUUGAGAAUUACAAGUUACAAUCCCACAAUGUCAGCAAUGGCAGCAGUGGCAGCACAACUCUGGAUGACUACAGGACAAACUUUAUGUCUUAUAUUGGUAUGGCCUCACAGUAUCCCAACUUUCUGAUGAACAUAAUCAACAUAUUUGUCCAGUGUGGAGGAAACACACUGGGAAUAAGAAUUCUGACGGGAAUAAUGGUGAUGGUUUCAAUGCUUGUAGUGACAGUAGUACUGGCAAUGUUGGACACCACGACAUGGCCUGAAACAUUCUUUUGGAUUACCAUUGUGACAGCUAUUGUAAUAAAUGCUGCUGUUGGUAUUUAUCAAAACAGUCUUUAUGGAUUAGCAGCUUCUCUGCCAAUGAAAUAUACAAAUGCAGUAGUCUUUGGGAGUAACCUAUCUGGAACACUAGUAUCUGUGACCAAUAUCCUUCUCAUUAUCUUAUCACCCAGUCAGAAAACAUCAGCCAUCUACUACUUUGUGACAGCCAUUGUUAUUUUACUGAUGGCUUUUGAUGGAUAUUUUAUCCUUCGUAAUACAAAAUUCUUCCGUCACUAUAUGAAAUUAUCAUUAUUGAAAAAGCAAGAGUUUCAAGAGAGUAAUAUAAGCAAUGAGCCUUUCUAUAAAAUUCUAUUUAGAAGUUUUGGGAGAGUUGUUCGACAGAUUUAUCAUCUGAUUUUUGGAGUUUUCUUCACAUUCUUCAUAACACUUCUUUUGUUUCCUGCUGUGUCUAGUGACAUUAGACCCCUGGUUGCACCAUAUACAGAUUCAUUUGCAGUUUAUUGGACACCAGUGUUUUGUUUCCUUUUCUUCAACUUUUUUGCCACACUGGGAAACUUAGCAACAGUUUUUAUCCAAUGGCCUAAUUCAAGGUGGAUUAAUGUUUUGGUCAUACUUCGGAUCAUCUUUAUCCCCCUGAUGAUACUAGCCAACUUUCGUCCAACACAAAGAAGUUUGCCUGUGUUAAUUACAAUUGAUGAAAUCUACAUCGUUUCAUCUGCAUUAUUUUCAUUUUCCAGUGGCUAUUGUAGCAGUUUAACUAUGAUGUAUGCUCCAAGCUGUGUUGCUCCCAGUGAUUCUCCCAUAGCUGGCAUGAUCAUGGCUCUUUCUCUGGCAUUUGGCAUUUUGAUUGGAAUUAACUGUUCAAGAAUUUGGGGGUUCCUGGUAUGAGAACAGAGCAAAGGAAACUUUUAGGAAUAGAAUUAUAAUAUAAUGAAACUUACUUUGGAAAAAAAAAAAAUUUUCAAUCAAAUUUAUUUUUAUAUUUUAAGCAUUUAAAUCUGUUUAUCCAGUCAGAGUUUUUAGGCGAAAAUUUGAUCUCUUCACAUUAUGUUAAGUUCAUCAAAAUAUGUUUUACAAGAAACAUUGAUCAUGUCUAGUGAUAAAAGACAUUGAUAAUAAAUUAAUACAAUAGUUUAUAUAUAUAUAUAUAUAUCUAUAUAUAAUUAUUUGAUAUGGUAGAUGACAUUGUCUUAAAACUUACUAGAUAUUUGAUAUUUGACAGGAACAAGGAUGACCUAAAUAUUUUGUACAUGUCAUUGUAGUCAAAUAGAGACAUCAGUGCAUUGCUAAGCAUUACACUUUUGCAGAUGGUAUUUGAGCAUAGGAACUAGUGAUUGCUUGGACUUUGUGUAUGUACAUUGCAGGAUUCAUCCACUCUAUAGUGUCACCUGGUAGAGUUCAGUUUUUACUGGCACCUAGUGGAAUUCAAUGAAUAAUACUUAUUACUGUCAAUAUGGCAAGUUAAAUGUUUUAAUUUUAAAAAAUGGACAUUGUAAUAUGUCUAUAAACAAAUAUUAUGUAGUGUUUUCCCUCAAAGUUUUAUUGAAAGGCAGUCAAAUAGUAUGUUUCAAUAUUAAUUAGUAAACAAUAUAUUGGCCUAAAAAUGGAUUCAGUGUGCCAUACUUUUGGUAAAGGCCAUAGUAAGUAAAGUCUAGGCCUCCUGAGAAUUUCCUAUUAUAUUUGAAGAAUCAUUCAUGUUUUUGUACGCAAAUGUUUACUAGAUAUGUGGGCCAGCCAAAAAAAAAAUGCCUUUAGUUUGCCCACAAGUGAUUAUAGAUAUAACAUUUAACCACAUUCAGGAUUUGACUAUUUGGUUUGGCAAACAUUACAUUUGAAUGUUCACACCAACCUGAUGUACAGUCAUUGAGGAUAAACUAUGUAAUGAUCAUCAUGUAAGUAAUCAACUCCAACAAGGCAUGAUCCUCCUCUCUCUCCCCUUGCCUCCAAGCAAUGUAUUUCCCAUGUCACUUCAUUUUGUUUUCAUUGAUAUCAUGUACAUACUAUAUUUAUGUAGGGGCUCAUUAGUUGGCAUUGAAGGCAUUAAACUAAAAUUGACUUGAACAAUAUAAAUAUACCUCAUUGUCAAAACUGCCUAACCUAAUGGAGACCACAAAACAUGAUAUUGUUACUGAACUGUGACUAAAAAUAUUACUGGAGUUGAUUUAAAGAAAGAUAUUGUGUUUGAAAUGUCUGCUUUAUGUUUUGAGUUCAGUCUAAUGAACUCUGUUGUAGCACCUUUAUACAAGAAGUAUUCUCAGGGAUGUUACACACUGUAUUCUUCAAUUACUUUGGUAUGAGAGAAAUUUCAACUAUUCAUGAGGGAAAUUACGAAAAUAAAAUACUUAAAUAAUAAGUAUGGUUAUGUAAAUUUCAAUUUGUAAACAUAAAAUAGAGAUUCCAAAUUGUGUAUUUAUUCUAAUGAUAAUAUGCUGAGAGCUAUCCCUCCUUCCUAGUUGACUGUACAUGUACCGGUAUUAACCAAGUGACCUUUUACUUUGUGUUCAAAUCACAAAAUAUUUUCUCUGAUAUUGUUGCAUUAUUUUCUUCUUCAGUGUAAGACAUUAGUUGCAUUUAUCAAUUAUAAGAGUUUGAAUUUAUUUAUAUGCACCUUUUUUUUUAGCCUUUUUUUUUUGUAAAAAUUUUAAUUUAUAUAGGUCCUUAUUUUACACCUCCCAGACACCACUUUUUUGACAUCUGGUUUCAACCCACUUGCAAUGGUUUGAUUGCUAUGUUGUUUUUUUUAAGUUGUUAUUCUAAUAUUUUCUGAAACAUUUUGCCUAGAGCCACUGUGUAUGUUGGAGUGUCCAGUUAUUUUUAGUUUUUAUAAGUUGCGUGUUUCUAUUGAAUCUUGUACAAUUUUCAUUGACAUUUUAAAUGUAAACUUUUUUUCUGCACUUAGUACAAUUGAACAUUCUAAAAAAAAUGAAGUACAAAAAUAAUUUCAAUAAAUGUACACUCAAUUAAUGUACUCACAAACAGAAUCUCAAUGUAGCACUUUGAAAGAACAACAUGAAUACAUUGAAUGUGCCUCUGCUACAAAUGAAAUGAAGAGUGAACAUGUUCUUGAUAUUUUCUCAUGACACCAUGGACAACAGUUUUUAUAAUCUUUGAAGUUUCAGACUUGCCCUUGUGUUGACAAUUUCUGUUUUGUGGGUUAUCUGCUUGUUUCUUCAGUUUUUGCUUUUAUUUUCUUACACAUUCUGAUAAAAUCUGGCCAUGACAACAUGGCUGUCUUGUGAUUUGAUUUUGUGAUGACUGCACUCUACUUUCUAUUUGGUGCCAUAAGGAGCUUAUUAAAAUGUAAAUAGCAGAUGUUUUUUUUUAAACAUUUGUUUGUUAGUAUUUUGCUGUUGUUUCAUUAUGAAUAAAAUGUGACAAGAGUUUGUUUUCCCACUUGUUGGCAGGUAGUGGGGCAAAGGGCAGAUAAUCAUGCAGAUACAUUGAUGCCUCAGAAAAAAAAAAAAAGAACAAUUGAACAACCUGCAUGAGGAAUUGAAUAUUGAAAUACUUAAACAACAAACAUUGUUCAUUCACUUCCUUGUAUGUGUGUGUAUUUGUAGUUAACUCUGUUGCAAAAUAUGUCUGAAACAAUACCACAAAAUGAUUGAAUGUAUGUUUUAAUACUUGGCAAUCAUUCCAGUUGCUUAUUUCCUGCUUUGCUUUAUUUCGUCCUUGUGUUUUAUCAGUUAUUUUGUCUUUUUACCUCAUUAUUUUACCUCACUCGGUCAGACUCUAUCACCGCCACUCAUUGAUCAGGGAACAUGAAAUGCACCAAGAUACCUGUGUGUAGUUGCUGAAUGAACUCUUUAUGUUGUCUGUUGUAUUUAUGUGUAUUUUUCUAUUGUGUUGUCUUUAUAUGAGAAAAGUCCUUGUAAUCACAACAAAUUUCCGUAAGGAUCAAAGCAGUCUUAGUCUUAGUCUUUUAUUUUGCAUUAAAAUGACAUUUAGUCUUGAAGCUUGUAGGUUUUUGUUUUAUUCCAGAAAAGUCAUGGGCAUAUAACUAGUUCAGUAAGUGCUAGAGACAUUGAGCUAAGACGACAUUUUAUUAUCAUUGUUGUUGUCUUCUAGUGUCUGUAAUAAAUAUAUAUUUUUUUUUACAA